AUGGCGGCAGUUGGCGCUGAUUAUAGGAGCGUGGUCAAAUACGAGGACGUCGUAGAAGAAGGCAUGUUCAAGAGCUAUUCAGCACGCGCCGGUAAGCCCUGGACGGAGAGGGAUGGGAUAGAGCUGAGAAAGGCACUCAUGAAAGCCGUCAAGGCCAAAUACAUGAUUCAUGACGUUCGGCAGCACACAGUGAAGUUCACUCGUGCCGGUAUCAGCAGGUGCAAACUGGUCAUUGAAAAGAUGCGCCCCUCCAACAGAAAUGGAAAGUGGAUGAAGACCUUGUGCGACCACAUACGGAACGAUUUCCUUCUCCCCGUUGACAUGUCCCCGAAAAAGGCGAAAGAAUAUGCCAUCAAGGCACAGGUCGAGCUGAUGGAUUACGAAGAAAGGGACGAGGAGACGACGGAAAGGGAUGACGCUGUUACCACCUCGCCUUCCCCGCUUUCACUCGCGCGUACUGAGACGCAAUGUCGCACGCCCCGUGCUGUCCCCUCUCUGGCAUAUGCGACUCCGGAAUCCAAUCCGCGACUGCAGCGCGCCGCCCUUACCCGCGUUCCGACCCAGACGUUUACUCCGCCCCCAGAUGGGAGCCCGUCACCGCUUGUGCGAGAUCGAUCCUUACCUGAUGGCCAUGAUGACGACUCGAUGGAUGUUGACCAUCACUCGGUCGGUAGUGGAAGCGUCCUACCCAUGCCCGCUUUUACAUCUGCCGAGGUUGUUCGUUGUGAUGGUGCUCCGCCUCCGUGCGACAACUGUUCUUCGAUCCAGUCUGCUCUCGACAAUCAAAGUCAACAAAUCGAUGAACUCAGGAGGGAGCACAGCGAGAAGGACAGGAAGAUCGCACGGUAUACACAGGACCUUCGCCAAACCGAAAUGCGAGUGCAAGAGCUGGAAAAGAAACUGAACGUUGUAGACGAACAGCUCGUCAAGUUGCAACCAGACACUCCGGGCAUUAUCAGCAUAAUCACUCGCUUCCUCGAGCGCAGGAAGAUUGCUGACGACACCGAUGCAGCGCGAGAGGCCGAAAUUCAGCGACUGACGCACGAGCGAGAAGACGUCUGUAGACAGCUUGAGGAGGCCCACGCUACAAUCGAGAAGUGGAAGAAAUGGAAGAUACGCGUGUUCAGCGAACCGGAUCCAUGA